UGUUACACUACCCGGGAUGUCAGCCUGAAGGUCAGCUCUGUAAGACCCUCGGGAGCAAGUUCCUAGAACUUUGCCUGGUACACCAUAGAUUCCCAACACACUGCUGUUGAAUGAAGAAUGAAUGGAGAGGGAAAAGCAGAUCGUUGGAAGCUCAGACCCACUCGUUGGCAAGCUCCCAGAUUUGGAGAGGAAGGAGAACUAGUUGACGGAUGGCUUAAGAAGUGUGCUUAUGGACUGGGCAAAUGCAGGAAAGCAUGUAAAGCAGACGAGAGGAAGAAAGAAAAAUGUGGGAGAUCUCUUUCUUGCUGCAUCUCUUCAACAAAGGCCAAACUAUCACACUCCCCCAAGAAAAAUAAUGGAACAGAGUCGUGUAAACAGCAACCCAAGAUGAUAGCAUCUGCCAGCCAAGGAGAGGGGCCUGGGAAGAACUCAACAUGACUGAUAUUUUGAUCUUGGACUUGGAGACUCCAGAAUUGUGAGAGAAUAAAUUUCUGUUGUUUAAGCCA